GCUGUGUAUCUAGUCAGUGAGACAUUUCACUACACCACUAUCGACAGGGCCAAGUCCAGAGGGAAGAAAUACGCCCUGGAGAUGGUUCCCAAAGUAGGACGACACUUCCACAGAGUGGGCCUGCCCCCCAAGCUCGGUUCGUUCCAGCUGUUCGUGGAAGGGUACCAUGAGGCUGACUAUUGGCUGAGACGUUUUGAGGCGGAGCCUCUCCCAGAGAACAUCAGGAAACAGCUCCAGUCUCAGUUUGAGAGGCUCGUCAUUCUGGACUACGUCAUCAGAAACACAGACCGAGGGAAUGACAACUGGUUGAUCAACUGUGAGAAGCCAGAAGGAGAGGGAGAGAAGGCCAUCCAGAUAGCAGCUAUAGACAACGGCCUGGCCUUCCCCUUCAAACACCCUGACGAGUGGAGGGCCUACCCGUUCCAUUGGGCCUGUCUGCCCCAGGCUAAAGUGCCCUUCUCCCAGGAGACCAGAGAGCUGGUGCUGUCCCAUCUGUCAGACAUGAACUUCGUUCAGGACCUCUGUGAAGACCUCUACGAACUGUUUAUGGCAGAUAAAGGUUUUGAUAAGACCAUGUUUGAAAGGCAGAUGUCAGUCAUGAGAGGACAGAUCUUAAACCUGAGCCAGGCGUUGAAGGACAAUAAAACUCCCAUUCAGUUGGUCCAGAUGCCCAGAGUCGUGGUGGAGAGACGGCGGACUGGAGGACAGGGGAGGGUGGUGACAUUAGGAACAGCUUUCACCCAGACCUUCCACUGCAAGAGACCAUUCUUCUCUUCCUGGUAGAGGGAGGGAUUCCUGGAGAGGGAGAGAGGACAGGGGAGGGUGGUAACAUUAGGAACAGCUUUCACCCAGACCUUCCUUCUUCUUCGUUCUUCUCUUCCUGGUAGAGGGAGGGAUGGCUGGAGGAGCUGCUGCAGGGGUGGGUGGAGAGAUGAGGAGGGAGGGAAGAGAGGGAGCCUCCACUGCAACACUAUGACCUACCCUCCUGGUAGAGAGUGUGAGAGAGUGUGAGAGAGUGUGAGAGAGUGUGAGAGAGUGUGAGAGAGUGUGAGAGAGUGUGAGAGAGUGUGAGAGAGUGUGAGAGAGUGUGAGAGAGUGUGAGAGAGUGUGAGAGAGUGUGAGAGAGUGUGAGAGAGUGUGAGAGAGUGUGAGAGAGAGUGAGAGAGUGUGAGAGAGAGUGAGUGAGAAAUGAAGAGACUCUCAGAGCUCCUUUCCUCCUGGUAAAGUAAGAGGGUGGGAGAGGGUCAGAGAGUGAGAGGGUCAGAGAGUGAGAGGGUCAGAGAGGGUGAGAGAGAGAGAGAAAUGAAGAGACUCUCAGAGCAUCUUUCCUCCAGAGGGAUUGGUUUGGAGUUGGACGUCACACAUCUGGGGAAACAUCCCAAAUGGCUCCAUAUUCCCUUUAUAGUGCCCUACAUUAGGUCCCGGUCAAUGUGGAUUAGUGCCCUACAUUAGGUCCCGGGCAAUGUGGAUUAGUGCCCUACAUUAGGUCCCGGUCAAUGUGGAUU